AUGGAUGCUCCUAAUGUAGAAGAUACGCCUCCUCCUCCUUAUGAUGGAAAAACAAAUCCACUUAGCGUCAAUGACAUUUCUCAAAAAUCCACUUUGCCACCUCCUUCUCCGACAAAAUUACAUUCUUCUGAUACUUCAAGUCUAUCUGCUUCUGGUUCUUUAUUUGACGGUUUGGAUCCUGCAAAGUUAAAGCAACCUAAACGUACCGAAUCUGCUCCUGAUAUCGCGGAGUUGUUUGCUGAAAGUAACGAUCUGAGUAAUAAUCAAACUACUUCUCAUUCUGCUGCAAAAUCUAUGGUGAAUUUAAGUACUUUGAAUCAGAGGAAUGCAUCUCUCGUAAAUAAGGCUUUUCCGGAUACUCCUCAACAAUAUCUUGAAAAAUUGCGUGAUACUUUAUCAAAAUCUGAAUUGGCAACCCUGCUUGCAAAAAGCAAAGACAUAUUUCAUGAAGCUGUGUUGCGAACGUAUAUGGAGACUUUUGAUUUUCGCAGCGAUCCCAUUGAUAUCGCAUUACGGCGAUCUAGAAUAUUUGGUACCUUAAAGGAUCGCAGAAAAUCUUCGUUUGUAAGAAAUGAUCCGUACUUUGUAAUACAACAUAAAGUUCCAACUGAUUUUACUCCAUUACUCAAGGAUAUUGUUCCAGUCGAAAAUAUUUACUCGUAUAAAGGAACUCUUCCUGAAUUGGAUACGGUUAGUAUACAUCGCGCUUUUGUCACUGCUCAUACUGUUAGAGUUACGGGUGUCAGAACUAGAGGAAACAGUGAAUCUUUCAGUCCAACGUCAUCUUCAAUACACCCUUCGGAUGAUGACGAAGACACCUUUCUUCUAAAAAUCACAAAAGCCGGUAGAUUGGGUCGUAAAACGGAUAUGAUAGAAGUCGCUGUAUAUGACAAAAGUUACAAAAAAUAUCCAAAUGUGUUUCGUCUUGUAUGUCCUCAGGGCUGCCAAUAUCUUUUUCAGGCAGAAAGUGAGUCAGAAAUGAAUGAUUGGAUUGUAAAGAUAAAUUAUGCUGCCACUUUCAAGACUAUUGGUUUAAAAAUGAGACAUACUUGGAAUGAAGAAAAUAGUUCAAAUGAUGUGCAUCGUAGGGCUGAUGUUCUUAGGUCAAAAAUUGAGGAACUUCAAGGAAAAAUUGCGGCACUCACAUCUCAACUCCAGACGGACGUUCGAUUUGGCAAUAAUCUUGCCCUCAUGAUACCAUAUAAAGCAACUACUCGAGAUCGGAUCAUUCAAGUUGCUACUGUUGUAGGCAGGCGAAUCAAAAAUAUUUGCCUUGAGCUUAGUCGACUAGUUUGUUAUCAUGAAAUAAUGGAAAAAGAAUUGUGUUCAACGAUAAUGGGAGAUAAUACUUAUUGGCAAAAGAGAAAGAGUAUGCAUAGAAGUGAUGAAAGCCGUGCUUAUCGAAAACAUUCAAAUGUAGGGAAUUAUUUCCAUAACAUUACAGAAGGACAUAAUAAGGAAGUAAAUAACAGACCUGUCACUAUGAAUGUAUCAUCAAUAUCAUCACCUACACCAUCAGAAUUAUCUCUCCAAACUAAUACUACGCCAACCACACCUUACACACCAGAUAGUGGAUCUUUACGAUUGCCAGAGUUUGAGUUUGAAAUUAUUGGAUCUCAAGAUAUAGAUGGUUUUGGAGAUAUAACGAAAUCCAAUUUUAGAGAUGAUACGUCUAGCAUUAUGGAUUAUGUAUGUGAUGAUUUUACAGAACCAAAUACAGAGAAUAUGGAAGACUAUAACCAAUUUGAUAUGGUUGAAAAGCCUAAAGAUACGUUUAAACAAAUAGAUUCAAAUCUACAGACUCCAUCAAAUCUUACUGAUUAG